GUGUCAACCAUACUCACAACAAAUUAAAACCACACUCCUCCUCCAAAACAAAAAUGGCUUCCAACCCAAUACAAAACCCUAAUUCCUCCAUCCUCGAGCAAGGCGACAUCGAGCAAGAAUUCGACUACUCGAAACGCUCCCAAUGGCUGCGCGCAGCCGUCCUUGGCGCCAACGACGGCCUCGUCUCCACGGCCUCCCUCAUGAUGGGCGUGGGGGCUGUCAAGCACGCCAUCAAGGCCAUGGUCCUCGCCGGCUUCGCGGGCCUCGUGGCCGGCGCCUGCUCCAUGGCCAUCGGCGAGUUCGUCUCCGUCUACUCCCAGCUCGACAUCGAGCUCGCCCAGCUCAAGAGGGACGAGAAGCGCGCCGGCGUCGCCACCUCUGAGGAGGAAAAGAGAGAGGGCGGGAAUUUGCCGAACCCGAUUCAGGCGGCGGCGGCGUCGGCGCUGGCGUUCUCGGUGGGGGCGAUGGUGCCGUUGCUGGCGGCGUCGUUCAUAGAGGAGUAUAGGGUGAGGGUGGGGGUGGUGGUGGCGGCGGUGAGCGUGGCGCUGGUGGGGUUCGGGUGGCUGGGGGCGGCGCUGGGGAGGGCGCCGGCGGGGAGGGCGACGGCCAGGGUUUUGGUCGGAGGGUGGCUGGCGAUGGCGUUGACGUUUGGUUUGACCAAGUUGAUUGGAUCCAAAGGGUUGUGAAUUCAUCAAGAUUAUGAUUUGUAUAUGUAAAAUUUGAGAUGUGUGUUAAUUAUAUAGGAAUAAAAUGUGGAAUCGUUAUUCCACUUAGGUUUAAUUACCUAUAUAUUCUCAUGCAAUUAGGCUAAAUUAGUAAUUAAUUGCUACUAUUAUUAUUCUCA